GUUCUGUCAGCUGUCGGCGUUGACAAGAGCCGCAGCCGCAUCCAGGCCCUGCUUGAGAAGUCGGCCGAAACAGGCGAGCUGGAAGCGGCCCUCAAGCGCACAAUGGACACGAAGGAUGUCGCAGAUCUUGACAAGCUGAAGGGCCAUCUGCGAGACGUGCUGCUAGAUGCGAACGAGUCUGGCCAAGUGCUGGACAUUCUAGCACAGCAGUCCGGCAGGCCAGAGAAGGCAGAGGCAACCGAGGCGAGUGAGAUCGAGAAGUUGAAAGCGAAUCUGAAGAGUCUUCUCCUGGAUGCCAACGAGUCCGGCAGAGUGCUCGCAGUCUUGCAAGAGAUGUCAGCAGAGAAGGCCGAGGAGGCCGGCGCGCAGAAGGCCUUGGAGGAGGUUUCCGAGAUGGAGCACCUGAAGCAGCGCAUGAAGGCUGCGCUCUUCGAUGCUGACCCUAGUGCAGUACUACAGGCUUUGGAGAAAACGAAGCGCAUGGGCCAGCCCGACGCUGCAGGAGGGCCAGAAGCCAAGACCGCUGCUCCGGCUCUGCCACGUGCCACGCACGAGCUGGUGAAUGCCCAGGCGAAGAUGCAGGAGGGCCUGAGGAACGGGCUGCUGCAGCAGGGUUUGGAGAAGGUCAUGCAAAAGGGGGAUGUGAAAGAGGCAAAAGACAGGCUUCGUGAGACGAUGAACGAGUCGGCUGAACGCGAAGGGCUUGUGCUUAAAGCCGACUCAAUCGCCCUCGAAGAGCUCAGCGCCAUCAAGGGCAGGAUGAAAGAUGUCAUGAUGAAGGCCGCUGAGACUGGGACCUUGGCAAAAGAGUUGGAGAAGCUUCUCGAGAGCGUGGCUGCAGAGCGACCUCCCGGGCUUCCGGGCCAGAGCGACCUCGAAGCCUUGGGCGAAAAGCUGCGAGGAGUCCUCGAAGAGGCGUCAGACACUGGAAAGCUGGAGGAAGCCCUGCGAUUGCUGCGAGAGGAGCAGGAGGAGACGAUGAAAAAUGCCCCCAAAGAUGAUUUGGAGGCAGUCCGCAGCAACCUUUGCACGGUCGUGGAAGAUGCCGUCGACUCUGGAAAAUUGGCCGCGGCCUUGGAUGCUCUUCGGAGUUACGGCGAACCACAGCCCUCCAGUGCGGCUGCAUCGGACCAGAUCGCGGUCAUCAAGGCGAAGUUCAGAAGGCUCUUGAAGGAAGCCUUAGAAUCUGGCAUGCUGGCGGCUAAAGUCGGGAUCCUGAAGCACCCCGGCAAGGUCCCUGCUCCGCCACAGGGGGAACCACCGCAUGAGAUGGAGAUCAUGAAAGCCCACCUGCGUGAGGCUCUGCAACAUGCGGCAGAGUGCCUUGGAGAUAAAUGGUACUUGUAUCACGCAAUGGCGAUGGCAGAGGGCGCGAGAGAGAUACGAACAGCCCCGCCAUGCGUUAUCAAGCGUUCAGAGGGAGAGCAAUGGCGGGAGUGCUGCGACCGCAGGUGCGGGCAGUUAGCGGAAGCCUUGGCCUCUGCACGCAGCCUGGAAGGUGCCGAGCAACGAGGUGCAGAUGUGGAAGCCACGGCUGUGAAGCUGCGGGGAGUGUUGGCAGAGGCGGCUUUGUGUGGCCGCUUGGAAGAGACACUCAAGGCCCUUCAGAAGGACGAUGGCAGCCUUGCCGAGCCACUCCCAGCAGAGGCAGCCGCCGGGAAAGCUCCAGAGGUGGCGCCCGAGGCCACAGCAACGAAUGAAGAGCUGUCAACAGACGAGGUUGCCGAGCAACCUCCCGGGAUGGAGCAGGCAGCGUCGGAACUGGAAUGCCUGCGUGGACGGCUUCGCAAUAUUCUGGAGGUUGCCCUUGAGAAGGGCAACUUGGAGCAGGCAGUUCAGGUUGCGGUUGAGCGUCAGAGCCCGGCCCAUGCCCGCUCCGAACCUGCAGGAGGAAGCGAGCAGGCAAUGGCCGGACUGCAGGUAGAAGUCGACGAGAUUCGAAGAGAGGGCCGAGAGCUGCUGCUGACAGUGGACAGACUCUUUUCCGAGAUGCAGGAGCUGCAGCAGGCGAACCUUCGUUUGGCGCAGCGCCUUGAUCUUGCCGGAAGCCCGCAUCGACGACAGGCAGCUGCCGCCCUGCAACAGCAACAGCCAGAAAUGACCGAGGAGCAGGCACUCGCGAUGCUUCCACGGGAAGGAGAUCUGCCCGGCCUGCAGGCUCAAGUUGGCAGGAUGAGGGAGGAGAGUCAAUCCCUGCGUUCGACCGUCGAUCGGCUGACGCGUGAGAUGGAGGAGCUCAAGAGGAUCAACGAUGACCUGGCUGCUAAAGUGGAUGACGCCAACAUGCCAGACCCAUGA